AUGAAGUUCGCACUUGCAUCCAUUGUUUUUCUCUUGCGAAUUGCCGUAGCGCAGGGGCAAGUGCAGGCCCCAGCCCCCGGCGGCGUCGCCCAACCCAUCUCUCACGCCGAUCGCAUCUACACGGGAGACCAGUCGUCGAAUACCAUCACCGUCAUACAACCUGCCACGGGAAAAGUGCUAGGUACUAUCAGUCUAGGAGACACGCGUCUGGGUGCCGUGCUGAACCCGCAAUACCUAAAGUCUGUCAACACACACGGACUUGGCUUCUCCAGGGACGGCAAGUAUAUCGUGUCACUAAGUGUGACGACGAAUACGGCGACGGUAAUUCGGUGCGCCGACAACAAGAUCAUCUCGCAAACGUACACCGACCGCAACGCUCACGAGGCUUUCUUCGCAGCCGAUAACCGCACCGUCUGGGUCGGCACCCGUGGCGUUAACAACAUUACUGUCAUUGACGGCAUCAACGGGGGUGUUAUUGACCGCAUUCCCUCUCAAGGUGGACCGAGCAAAGUACUGUUUAGCCCGGAUGGUAGGACUGCGUAUUCUAACCACAUUAAUGGCACCUACAUCUCUAUCAUCGACGUGGCGAGCCGCCGUCAGACGGCGACCAUUAAAGGGCUUGCGGACAAGUUUUCCUCAGAUAUGAUGCUGUCUGCCGACGGCGACAGGCUUUGGGUCGCACACAAAAUGGUUGGCAAAGUUUCAGUUAUCUCACUCAAGGAGCGGAAGGUGGUUUCGGUGUUAGAUACGGGAGCAGAGACGAACCACCCCAAUUUUGCUGUUAUCAAUGGCACCACGUACGGCUUCGUGACCGUUGCUGCCACGAACGAGACCAAAAUGUACGUACAGCUGGACGCAAAUCAAGCACCGAAGUACGUCGGCUCCAUCAAGUCCUCAGGUGUCGAGCCUCACGGCCUGUGGCCGAGCCCGGACAACUCGCGCAUGUACAUUCUCAACGAACAUAGCGAUACAGUGGACGAGGUGGAUCUGACAGUUUACCCGCCCACCAUUGUCAGAACGCUCAAUGUCGGACAAGAAGGCCAGGCCCUCAUAUAUGUCGCGAACGCAGUGCCGAGCGGCAGCAAUGGUACCGAAAACCUAGCCCGGCAAGGCCUAAUGGACAAGCCGGCCGCGAACAAGGUAGUCACACUACAAGGUGCGCACAACGGUGCAGAAAAAGGCUACAACCCAUCAGCGCUCGUCACAAUUCGUCAGCAAGGCGGCCUUGAGAUGGUUCAAAUUAUUGGCCGGGACCUCUCGCUUAAUAAGACGUAUACAUUCGGGUUGCGGAACAGCACCACAGGUUCUCGCGUUUCUAAAGUUCUUUAA